UAGGUUCCUGCCCUGGAGCAAGGCACCUAACCUCUCCUUGCUCCGGGGGUCGUAACCAAUAUAAUAACUAUAACUCCUUUCUGGUUAAAGGCAUCAGCUGAUGUAAUGGGAUGUUAUUGGUCCACGGAUGGCGAUCACAAAGGUCUGCUGGCCACCUGCAAGGCUGUGUGGUGUUCAGUCAGGAGUCACCUGGAGGUCAUGCUGUCUGCAACUAGCCACCAUCAUAAUACUCCUUAGUUGUGUCAGAUGGCAGACAGACAGACACCUAGGCAGCAGGAGGCCGAACCAGACCAGACCAGGCCGAUCUGUCCAGGGAAACUGCCAAAAAGAGUUCAGUUGCAGGCAACUGAAGCAGAAAACACAAAACGUCUUUCAAGCUAUACGAAAAAGAAAUCCAGUUGCCUAGGAUGAACUAAACACGCUUUUUCGCUAGGAUGACCUGGGAAACGGCCAAAAGAGUUUAGUUGCAGGCCACUCACUGGAUAUGUUUUUUGUAGCGUAAAUUUGUUUUGUGUCUACCAUUGAGCGACUUAGUCAGUUGUUCAUUAUUCUUCAUUAGAACUGAUAAAGUUUCUGUGGAAGAAGCUACUGUAUAUGCUUCAAGGUACAGAAAAAAAAAUCAUGUCGCCUACAACUGAAGUCUUGACUAAAAUGACGCGGAUGAAAAAUCAUUCUUAACAGACAUGGGAAACUGCUUUGUCUGGAUUCAAAAAUCUCCCAGCUGGUCUGUGUCUGGGAGAGGAUGUGUGUAGCAAGCAAGCAGUGCCAAAUUAGCAACGGGCGCGGACGGACCUCCAUUGCCAAGCUUAGAAACUCUGGUCAUUCAGUAUCUCGCACACAGAUUGAAAGUCACCAACUGCCACUUUAUGCAAACACAACAGUGCAGGAAAUGAGACUCGUGGAUUCUUUUCCUAGAAGUGUAGCAACUCCUCAAACAAAUCCCUAGAUAGUUAUUUUUGUUGAUUUUAAGUUAAACUGGAUUUUUGUCUGCUUAUAGACUUGGACUUGACAGUGUAAACAAGGGAUCAUGGUAGGAAGGAAAACAGAUAGGCCUACAUAAACCAAAACAAAGACAAAAAAGAGGGUGGUAGUGUGUACCUGGAUCCUCUCCUCCGGCAUUUUCUUUUUGUUUAGCGAACACACACUUCUUCACACUAGCUUCAUCUCAUGUUUCAGAAAGGAGGAGAGUUACAGAGAGAGAGAGAAAAAACACCAGUUGCGAAAAAUAUCCACUCUCACUUCCUCUAUUUGCGUGGCAGCUUUUGCUGUAAGUGACAGUUUGGGGCAGCUUGAGUCAGCUUCAAAGCUGAGCCACGUUUGCUCACACCACACCAAAAAAUAUGCGUGUCGGAGACAGAUGCGUUCGCUGCUCAAACUCUCCUCUUUUUUACGAGCUCCUCCACAUUCCUGCGCUCUUGUGCUGCUGAAGAACCACGCGCAGCCAAUGGGAGAGCUCGUUUCAGCUGAGAGGGUUCUAACAGGGCCUCUUUAAUCAUUUAAGGUGGCCCAAGUACAUCGGGAGCCAGCGUCUCCCGGAAGAGGAGCCAGCGAAGGCCGGGGUACAUGAGGACGGACCUAGCCCGCCAGCAGUGCACCGUCCCCGGGGAACAGGACAGCGGACUCUGCCUCCUCCCUCACGGACCCCCGGAGCCUACCUCUGCCUCCUGCACCAACGGCCGCAGCGGCGAUCAAAGUAAUGGCGUGUCACCCAUCAAGGCCAAGUGUCAUCGACCAGAUCAGGUGAGCGGGUCACCUGAGUCCUCGUGCCAUCAGACGAGACGCUUCGCUUUCAGCCGUGAGGAGGACAGCUGUUCAGUCCGGGGCUCCUCGAGAUCCGAUGUGUUGCAUAACUCAGGAACUUCCCCGGCGAGGGACACGUUCAACUCCAGCUUCAGCUUCAUUCAGAUGUCAUUGGACGCCAGCUUGGAUGGGUCGUUUGCUGAUCAAUCACCAUGUAAAGACUCCUUAGCACAGCAGCAGCGCACACCCGAGCCUCCCUCUUGCAAACGCAAAUCACCCCCACGUGACCUUGACCUUGACCUUGACCUUGGCCUAGGCAGCUCCUACAGACCUCAGCAAAGAGGACAACAGUCCUCAACAACAAGUGACCAAUCAGCGUUGAGAUCCGGCGUCUCAGACCAAUCAUGGACCACCUCUCAGGCCGCCUCAAGUCGAACCUCAGGCACCCUGUCGGUUCCUAGGGGUUCGGAUUGUAAGGAGGGGAACCUCACAUAUGAGGCCGGUAAGACUGUACGGUCGAUUCCGGAACUGUUCCUAGAAGGGGAGCUGUGGAGAGGUGACAGUGAGAGGGUUUCCAUGCCCUGGAACGGCAGUGAGAGAAUGUCACCCUCACCAUCGUCCUCAUCAUCCUCAUCCUCUUCAUCUUCGGCAAACGCCAGGGAGAGUCCGGCGGACUCGGACAGCUGUUCCCUGGACACAGAGGCCACGUCGUCCCUCUCCAUCGACCUGUCGGACGCCGCCUCUGCCUCCUCCGUGACCUCUGCGGCCUCAAUGACCUCCAUGACCUCGGGCUACGAGAGCGCCGCCACUCCGCCGGCCUCGGGGGACCAGAGCUGGGACGCCCUGAUGAAGAAGUACGAGGGGGCGCUGCAGGACUGCCUCAAGAGCACCCGGGCCAACACCAAGAUUGAAUCCAUGAUGUUGAAGCUUCAGAGACUUCAGCAGAAGGCAGUAUUGGAUGAUGACUAUGAUUCAGCGGAGCGCUUUGGUAAGAAGCUGGAGGAGCUGAGGAGAGAGAGGGCCUCCCUGCAGCCUGGCCUCCCCUCCAGACACCCGGCCGUCUGCGGCCUCCUGCACCGCCUCAGCACCGCCGUCACCAGCGCCCUCCGCAGGACAAACACGGAACCACGGGACACGGUGGAGACAGCUGGAUGUGUGGACAGUUCGAGCAGCACAGAAAGUCCACAGCAUAGGAAAGAGCUUCUGGUUCAAGAGAAACAGCAAAUUCAGUGUGAGGUGAGUGAGUUGCGGGCGCGGUUGGCUGAGUUGGAGGUGCGUAGUGCUGCGCUGGAUGAGCGAAUCGCACGAGAGGAGCAGCUACAGGAGCUGGAGGAGGUGGAGGGUCCAGUGUUGCGUAGCUGUACCCCAUCUCACCUGCGCCAGAUGGGGCGCUCCUUAGAGGACCUGCUGACCUCCCAUCACCGCACACGGAUCUGCCUCUCUCCCCCCUCACUGCUGCAUAGACUUCAGGAGCAGGAGCAGGCGCUGAGUCUCUCCAUUAAGGAAGCCACAGCUAAAAUGGUGAUGAGCCAGCGGUUGGGUGCCAGCCUGAGGAGGAAGGUGAGCGAGAGUGAGACGCAACUACUGGCCCUCCAUGAGGCCAAGCUGGCCGCCAUCUCAGGGAAUGAUUUCAGCAGUGCUAAGGAGUUGAAGGAGGAGAUGAAGGCUGUGUAUGGGGAGAGGGACCGUCUGGAGGGCCUCACCAAGCGGCUGCAGAACCUCAGCUCUGGCAGCUCGCAGGACCUGGGACGCAUGAAGGAGCAGCUCAGCCAGCUCAAGCAGGACCUGCAGCACCGAGAGACUCAGCACGAGAGGACGCUGAAGGAGAACACAGCCAAGUACAUUGAACUUCUGGAAGACAGACUGCACAGCUGUGGCAGCCCGGCCCUGGAGCGCGUGUGGGAGGCCGACCUGGAGGCGUGCCACCUCAUCCUGAGAGGCCUGCAGCUCCGCACCCCCAGCUGCUCUGGACCCGACCCCGACAUCGAGGAAAACCCCCCCACGCCAGAGCCACGUGGGCCGACCCAGCCAUGUGAUAAGGCAGAGGCGGACUGCGCCAUGUUGACUGCCCUGGGUGGACGCUGGUGCCCAGAGGCCAACCUGCAGCACUCUGAGUUCACCAAGAAAUUAGAAGAGUUCCUGUUCUGCUUAGAAGACAAUCACCCUGAGGACAUGUGUAGUGACGUGGAGGGCCAGUGUGAGAGGAUCAGUGAUCAGCUUCUCUCCCUGGAGGACCAGCUGCAGACUGCCAUCGACAACAAGGACCAGCACCUGACACUGGCCCUGGAGAAGGAGGUGAGGGAGGUGAAGACCACUCUGCAGACUCUGCUGAUGCAGCUGAAGGACGAUGACGAAGAUGAAGAGGAGGAGGAGGAGCCGGAGGAGGAGAGGGAGGAGGGCCAUGGUGGAGAGCCAGAAGAGGAAGAGGAGGAGGAUGGAGAGGGGGAGGAGGAGGAGGAGGAAGAGGAGGAUGAACAAUACCCGGAUAUCAUGGAUGGUGUGGACACGGAGGAUGAUCACUACUUCAGCGACAACUGGGAGAUUUAGAGCAGAGGGAAGUAAAUACUUAACCUGGUUCUCAACCAUCUGGAACAUUGACAAUCGCUUAGCUCUGGAAAGGCGUGGGUGUCUUCAAAACAGCUCGAACCUGAUUGGGGAGUUCACAUGGCUUUUUUUGAAUCACGUACUACUUCAACCACUGACUUGUAUAUACCCCGCCGUGCAAUCCCGCCCCGCGAUUCUGAUUGGACAGGCUGUGAAAUUUCUGAUUCCCUUCGGGCUCGUCUAAGAUUUCCAGACCCUCGUGCGAGCUCACGAAGUCGAGCGGAAAUGCACGAACGGUCUGCGUGACAGUCAGGCUACUAAAUACGUAGUGGAGUCAAGGAUAGGGGAAGAGAAGCAGGGCUUGACACUGGCACUUGCCAACCAGCCAAAUGCUGGUAAAACUUGGCUGUGGCUAGUAACAAUUUCAGUCUCAUAAGCCACUUUGGCAGGACCAUUAUUAUUCUUUGGUAUGACACAUCACAUUAGAUGUAUCAAUUGUUUUCAUUUUAAAUGUAAAUGCAAUAAUAUUGUAAAGAAAAAUAAACUGAGAGCACAACUCUGGCUAGGAUAAAGACUAAAUGGCUAGUGACUGGGGACAACCACUAGCCACAGUGGACCGUAAGCAAAAAAGUUAGCGUCAAGCCCUGAAGAGAAGUGUAGGUAUGAGAGGUGGGGAGUUCAUGUGUGUGCAGGGAAUCAUACAAGGGGGAGACAAAGGGGUCAGUUGUCCCAGGCCCAGGGAGAAGACAGGCCCAGAAUUGGGUCCUCAUGAAAUUGUGGGUGUUUGUGUGACUUUGUCCCAGGCACAGUCAAAGCUGUCAGUGGCCUUGUGUGCGUGCGUGCAUGUGUACGUGUGUGUAUGUAAAGAGGUUAUCAGGUAAGGUUAGGGUUGGGUGAUUCGAGAAAGAGACAAUCCUUGGCAUAGAGUGCAUUGGCUGACAUCUCAAAUAUAAACUGGGGCCAACACAUUCCUCAAAGACAGUCAUUCCUCACAGACAGGUAGCAUAAGGUUCUUAAAUCACUGGUGUGUGUGUGUGUGUGUGUGCGUGCGGGCGCGUGUGUGUGUGUGUGUGUGUGUGUGUGUGUGUGUGUGUGUGUGUGUGUGUGUGUGUGUGUGUGUGUGUGUGUGUGUGUGUGUGUGUGUGUGUGUGUGCGAAUGCUUGUGCACGGAUGUGCACGUGUGUGCUCCCUAAUGGCAGUCAACUGUUCUGUGGAAUAAUAUUCUACUCUUAACAUUAUCAGUAGAAAUGAAGGUCUCGGCCUCCAAAUCCAUAUUCAUGCAUGUUAUUAAACUAUAAUCACCUGUGUCUAUUAUCCAUGCUUAAGGGACACUUGUAUCAGUAAACACCGUCAAGUGGCGGAAGGUCAAAACGAUGAUGGAUCAUUAAUUUGUUUUUUUCAAUUUUGUGAGAUUUGCUGUAAGUGGAUAGCUGUCGUAUAUCACAGUUAAUACAUAAUUGUGGUUUACACGUAUGAUUUCACUGGCAUUUGUUUUCCACGUUCAGUUGUUAAAUGUGUGACAGAUAUGUGAAUGUGAGUCAUUGCAUUGUAAUAAUGGAUGUUGUUUUAUACGAUACAGACCAACUCCAGCAGUAUGAAACAGGCUCAUCAUCAGCAAUGACUUUUCUAAGAAUUUCUUUCAACUUGAAAUAGGAACAGUCAUCAUUAAGGGUCCACUUGUUUUAUAGAUAUUUAUUAUUUUUGGUUUCUAUCAUUAAGAACAUUCCUGUCUUCCAUUAUUUUAUGGAUCAUAUUUAUUGUUUUUGUUUAUCUUUGAUGUGUUUAAUGUAUUUUGUUCACACUGAUUUAAGCCACAUGUAUCAGCACAUCUUUCUGGUUAAGAUGCAAUAUUGCAAUCUCACUCUCUUUUUGCUUCGUAAAUACACUUAAGGUGACAUUCUGCCAUUUCUGGAAAUAUGCUCCUUUACCUUUCUACUUUUCUCCCAGCGGUUCUCUGAUUCUGUGAUAUUCCGCCUAGUGUCCAGUUUGCAGCUAGCUGGACCCAUUACGUUCAAUGAUACGUGCUAGCUUGGAGGUACAAGUUGCACCGCCAGAGUCAGAGAGCAGCUGAGAGAACAGGAGAAAAUUCACUUAUUUAACUCAAGAGGAAGUGGGAAAUUAGCCCAUCUCCAUAAAUGCUGGACUGUUCCUUUAAGAUACAAUAUUGAAAUCUCACCUGCUUCAUAGACACACUUAAAAGUAUAAAAAGAUGUAGCUUUUUUUUUUUUCAAAACGAUUGGACAAAAGCAAUACAAUAGUCCAUGAUGAAAGCAAUUUUGGUGCAGAAUCAGCUUGAUGAAGCUAUUGAGUUGGUUAAAUCUUUUUGAUCUGGUUUUAGUUCAUUCUACAACCAGCAGUUCUGUCAAAGCAAAGUCUUAUAGGCAGCGGUUCCGUCUGUGUGAAUGUGUUUUACAUGUACGUUUCAUACCAUAUUCUGUGGGAGAGUGGACAUUUUGUGCCCGCUCUAGUUAUUGUGGUAGCAUUAUUUUUUUCAUUCCUUCUUAUUUUGAAUUCAGCACUUUUGUUAACUUGAUGAAGGAUUUUUGUAUUACUCGUUGUGUAAUGGCUUGAUGCCACCCAAUGAAGUGUUUUUAUAUUCUAAACAAUCAUUGUUUGGGAGCCAUGUUUAAUUUCAUUUGUAUUUUUUGGCUUUUACCUGUAACAGCGUUUAAACCACUCCCGGGUACUGAGCCACUAACUUUGCAUUAUUCUUCUCACAGCAUCAUAACAUAUCUGUUAUAAUUCCUUACCGUCCUUUUUAUAUAUGCCUUUUAAAAACUGCAAGAAUUUUAAAAAAUGUCAUAAAUGUAUGUAAACACCAAUGGCAUUAUGAUAUACAAUAUUUUUAUUCACUUUCUGGAAAAUAAAAGCUGAAAAAACCUUA